ACGGCGUCCAAGUAGUUAGCAAUGGAUGCGCGGUCGCGUCGGGCGGGAGCAACGUUUGCUGUCUGCAACGGCAUCAUCCUAUGGCACAUGACGGGCUCUGGCAGCUCGCGCUGUUUGAUACAACGGUGCCAUGUCGUCCUUGUCGAUGGCCACACAGCGCGUCUGGUGGCCCCGCCGAAACCCUUGUCUUGCAGACUGGGUUAAUGGCACAAGCGACCUGUGUGCUGCACAUCCUUCGCUUUACGCUAAUACGCCGCUUCUGCAAUCCUCGUCCAUCUCUCUCCAAGCAUCGGUAUCAGGUUCUCCCCUCCCGACAUAGCCCAUCGCACACCAUAGCCAUAGCCCUCACCACCACUACUAAUCACCUACUACCCUCCACCACCACCCGCGUGCCUGACCCAGCGCUGUGCCGUCUCCCGCCCCCCGUCGCGUCUCGCUUUGAGCUGUUCCUUUUUGCGACUGAUUUAGUUUCGCGCCUCUGUGAUUGCGCCCUGGCCCCUUCGUUCGCACGGCCCGGUCUUAAUAGCGCCACUUUUCGCCGACCAAGCCAGCAAACGUCGACAGCAUAGACCGUCCGCGACUCAUUCAUCUGGGCCUUACCUGCUUCGGAUAGUUGUCUCCGGCUCCAUGGUAAGAGAGUCUUGCCCAAGGCUAGGUCCUUUCUUCGCGCACGCGGCAUAGGAAAGCUCCCGUCCUGCAUCCCACUCUGGCCUCCGAGCACUUGCCCUGCGACGCUUUCCAAACUCUUCCCCUCUUCCAGGCGAUGACGCGGGUUGGGCUGUCAUCU